AUGCUGCGUCUCGCCGCAUUUCCCAUGGACCCCACCAAACCUUCCCCCACUUUACGUUGUGGUCCCCACACAUACCUCACCUUCCACCAUUUCCGCCAUCACUACGAUACUCUCACCCCAGGUUCUACACACUCUCUGUGCGUCGCGUUUCCUUCUUCCUCUUUAAUUAACAAUUCUUCUUUCUCCCACUAUGCUCCACUAAUUCACAAUAAAAAAAACAUCAAUGCAGAGGAUGUGAAUCCUGAAUCCGUGCAGUAA